UUUGUCGUGAAUAUUCGUUACGAAUCGGAUCACGUGGCAAAAUAAAUCUUCGCUGGUACGAAAAAUGGCGGUAUUUUGUUGUUUUGUCUGAUUUGGUUUUCUGCUUUUCUAUUAAUUAUAUUGAGACAAAAGUGACAUAUGCAUUAGGAUGCAUUAAGACACCUGGUUAUUGUAGACAUCUCCCGUUGGUUAAUAAUAAUGAAAACCAAGCCUUCAAUCUGGCUAAACAUUCAACGAUGACCGACAACGAAGACCCUUCGGCACAGUUUUCUUUUCGACUUUCCACUUUGCAAAAUGCUUCUUGUGCGGAAGAGGAAAUUCUUGCUUUGCAAAAGUUGAGAGAAGCUCUCCUUCCUGCUGGCGAUGAAGCGUCUUCAGAUGAGGACGACUGUGAGAAAGAAUGGCUGCGGAAAGGUUUGAACGAUAUUAGGAAUCCUUUCCCGAGUGAAUCGCCGGAAAGUUUUAUCCUUUUGCAAGAAGACCUGGAUUCAUUCACCUUUUACCUCUUCGAGCGGCGAUUUGGCUGGUCGGAGUAUACUGCGAAUUUGGAUGAUUACUAUUCUGUAGCAGAUGAACAUUUAGGUCGGAGAGGAUCAUCAGGUUCUUUACGAAUGCAGGAUGAAUCCAAAUUUAAAGGAAAGUUGAAUGAGUUGCUGGACGAAUUUCUAAAGUGGUUCCUUGCUCAAGCUAAACUAACUGAACAUCUGCUGAAAAGCUUUAAAUAUACAGUUGCUAAAGCAAACAACAUGCCAGUGGUGAGGAAUCAAACAUUUGUUCACAUUAUGGACUGGUUGAAGCUGGCUAGCUCUGAAAAUGGAGUUAAUAGUAAAGUGUUUCCUCUAGUGAUGGACAUUAUUAUUGCUGGCAUUACUGAUAUUUGGUCAGCUAUCAGAAACACAUGUGUAGCCAAGUUGUCAAAGUUUUUGGAACUGUUCACACUGCCUCAACUGGAAGAUUUUUAUGGAAGCUUGGUUAAGAUGUGCAUUGGAAAGGAAACUUCCUGGCAGGCCAAAGAGGGUGCAGUCAUGUGCAUGACUGCUAUAGUGUGCCAGUUUCUUUGGAGUGGAAUAGCACCAUCUGGUGAGGACAAGUCACAGUCUACAGGACCUCAGUACAUGCUCAAGUUUGGCCUGAAAGCACUGACAGCGCUGCCAGGUUUCAUUACAUCCUCUGUGCACUCUGUUCUCUUCUCACUGCUCGCACACCCUCAGCUGAGUAUCAGGGAACAUGCUACGAAAGCACUGUCAGCUAUCUUGUCAAGAUGCGAGUUUGAGGUUGCACUGUCUUCGUUCCAAGAAGUUAUUAACAGACUUUGUCAUGGAACACAAGGGGAUGGCCAGGGUCAGGAAGUCAUUGAAGGCAUCGACAAGCUACCUCACCAUGCUGUGUUUAGAGAACAUUUCAAGUUCCUUAAAGCUCAUGAGGCUGAAGGCUUGCUAGGAGUCUGUAUUUUCUUGAUUAAGCACAUUCCUCCAGGGUUUCUGUUACCCAAGUGGCCUCUUUACUUCUCAACACUGAACCUCUAUCUGAUGCACCCAGCCUCCACUGUGCGACAAGCAACAAGUGUUGCUUUUAAAUAUUUAGUUGCCAAAGACAGCAGUAAUCCUGUGUUUCUAAAGCUAGUCCUUCAAGGUCUUGCUGCUGACUGGAAGGUUGAUAAGGACUUGUUAGUGGCAAACUUAAAAUCAUCUCAGGGUUCUACCCAACUAGAGCCAUCUACAUCAAACAUUUCCCACAGCUCUGAUGAUGGCGUUGGCAAACAUGUACCAUCUGAAACCCAAGCUCCAUUUCAGCGCAGUCCAAGUCCAGCUUUAAGUCCUGAUCUCUGUUAUGUCUCAGCUGACUCUUUAAGCAGUUUUGGAACUGAAGUCCAUGGAGCAUUGUCUGUUGGUCACAGUAGAACAUCACCAAUACAGUCUUACAAAUCAACAAGGACCAGCAUUCGUCAGGUUGCAAAGGCACUUGCAGAGGGCGCCUCUUCCUCUGCUGAUGUCUUGAUGUCAGAGAGCUGGGAAUGGAGAGAAGGAAGACUUCUGGCUUAUGAGCUCAUAUUGAAGUUUUUAAUAACAAACCACAUCCACUAUGUGUUUCCCACGUAUGUGCUACCAACGUCUAAAGGUUCCGCAACAUCAUCUUCAGUCGACGAAACCCUGAUUAGUAGUUUGUCAAACAAAGGUGCUGCUAAUCAAUCUUUGUUUACUAGAGACAGGUCCAAUUCUGACAUCUUAACUGCUAAUACACACUCAUUGUGUGCAAAGAGCAAUAGUAUUGGCAUCAUUAACUCCACUACAUCUGGUACACUCUACAGUACAACAACUAUUAAGGAAGGGGAGAGUGGUGUCACCGACAACAAGCACACACCGACGGAAACGAUACAUCACAGCAGAGAAAGCAGCUUUACAUUGAGGAGGAAACCAAUGAGAGCAGCUUCCUGUGCUGCUGUUGAUGCUGACACACAUACAAAGCAGCUGAUAAGACAGUACUCUGUAGCCACACCACAGAUCUCUCCAAAGAGACCAUUUAGACUUCCACGAACAAGCACGUUUGCUCUGGUGAGUGAAUUGAAACAGCUAACCACACUAUUAAAAGAAAAACUGACAACCUAUAAUUUAAAUCAUUGUUACCGGAAUAUUUUUAAAAUUUGCCUCUGCUGUUUAAUUUACCAGGUAGUGCUUCAAACAAUCGAAUGUUUAGCGGAUACAAGGUGGGAACUACGAAGGAUGGGACAGCAGGUCCUUCCACUUGCCACAGAAGUAGUGAGAUGGUUUGACAUGAAGCCCUUGGAAAUCCUGUGGGACAGUUAUCUGUCACGGGAGCACACACUGUUGUGUUACGGCAGCUGUAUUGCUCUUAGAUACUCCAUCCUUCAUGCUGGCCGCUUAAUGCAUUUCCUGGAACAGCCACCACCGAGCUGGAAGGAUCCAGAGAGCUGUGGUCGCGCUGCUUUGACAGUUGUAGCAGAGAUUCAGCGAGGCCUGAAGAGAUGGCUAAAACAGGUUCAAGAUUUACUGAAAGAUCCUUGCUUUGAUAAGCUAUCAGUUGUUGCUAUGGAAACCAUCAUGAUGUCCCACAUCUGUUUUCCUCGCGACCCCGAUGACUAUGAACAGAAACUUAGAGAAGAAGAAAUAGUUUUAAACAAGAUUCUGUUUCUUUACAUGUAUUCUUACCCAGACAGUCCUCUAGGUGUUGUCCUGAGAAAAAAAUUAAGUCCAGAGGCUCACUCGCCUUUUAUUCCGCCGUCGGAAGGUUUUCUUAGUUUUUCAGCGAGAGCAUGUACCACACAGCAGCAUGCACAACAGGCUGGGAAGUUUCUAAUCUCUGAAGUGCACCCGGUCCUUGCAAGGUUCCUGAAAGAUUGUGAUGCGGAUCAAUUGAUAAUGAUAUUCCCCGUGUUAGUUCAUCACAUCGGACAGUUCUUUGAAGAUUCUACCAUGUGCAGAGCGCUGCUGGACGGCUUGUUCAUCAUCUUAUACCGCGUGGAGGAAGUGCACAUGCAAGGGGAUACAGGAGAAGAAUUGCAUUCACUGGUGCAGUCGUAUUUGGAUUUCUCUCUUCUUGGCCUAGCAGACGUGAUUAAUACAAAGUUUGACUUAUUUGGUAACAAUUUAUUGACUUUGUCCUCGUUUGCUUUCAGUUUUUCAGCGAGAGCAUGUACCACACAGCAGCAUGCACAACAGGCUGGGAAGUUUCUAAUCUCUGAAGUGCACCCGGUCCUUGCAAGGUUCCUGAAAGAUUGUGAUGCGGAUCAAUUGAUAAUGAUAUUCCCCGUGUUAGUUCAUCACAUCGGACAGUUCUUUGAAGAUUCUACCAUGUGCAGAGCGCUGCUGGACGGCUUGUUCAUCAUCUUAUACCGCGUGGAGGAAGUGCACAUGCAAGGGGAUACAGGAGAAGAAUUGCAUUCACUGGUGCAGUCGUAUUUGGAUUUCUCUCUUCUUGGCCUAGCAGACGUGAUUAAUACAAAGGAGCUGGAGUUACAAGUGGUUCGGGAGGUGUUGGAGGUGUUUGUUAGAGUGUGUAUCUUUCUUGAUCAACCCAUGUUUCUCAGCUUCGUAUUCAAAGCCAUUAGUAGCAGGCUCGAUUACGUAAGUAGCGCACAUGUGGUUCCUUUACAUAAAAUGUAUUUCUUUUAUAUACCACUCCUUGUGAAUACGGUGGCCCCAUGGUUAGUGCGCUCGGGUCCGGGU